AUGGCCCUCGAACGAGUCUCGAGACAGCCCGCAACCCGCAUAGGAUGCCGGGCCUCUUCAGAUACACGGAGGUUAGACAGAACCCCUUCAGACACAAAGCAGCCGCCCCGUGAGGUGAGGAGCGAGACAAAGACUCUCCGGGGAGAGGAGGACCAGCUCACAUACGGGCUCUUAGAGACGAGCGACGGGCUCACACAACAUGUACAGGGGGUUCUGUUACCUAGGACAAGAGAUAGAGACAGGGCCUCACACCACGUGCGCCUUCACGAAGGCGCUGACGGCGUCCGGCAGGAAGGCGUCGCAGCCCUGCAGGAACUGGCCCACGCUGAUGGGGGGGACGAGUUCACACCCCACCUCGCAGGCGCGCGCGGCGGUCCCGUGCCGUACACGCGGAAGAACCUCUUGCGGGCCUGGCCCACGCUCGGGGAUCUUGGCCAGCUCCCUCAUCAUGGCCGCCUUGGUGAGCGCCAUGAUGAGCCUCGUCGUCCGUCUGCACGCCCUGGCUGGUGGCCACGUGCGCGUCAGGGGCGCCGACACCUCCGUCUGCGUGCCGCGGUCGCUGGUCUCCGUAGGAGGGCAGGUUCAGCGUGGGGCAACGGCCGUCUUCUUGAGCAGCUGCUUCCCGUACAUGCGCUCCUCGAAGUGCAAGGCUGCAGAUGUGACAAGUACUUUCAGCUGCUCCACGUCAACCUUACCCUGCAGCUCCGGCCCCGCUUGCAGGCCGCCACAGCCACCACCAGCGCCCUUGUGGAACGGAAACGGAACAUAUCUGAUAACAGUGUUGGACAUCCGCUCACGCUCUCAUCCCUCGGGAACUGGUGGAACUUGAGGCCCCUGUGGCGGAGUGACGAGGGAGUCACAGUGGAGCACGGCGCAGCUGGUGUUGACCAUCCUGUAAAACGUCCCCCCGACGGCCGCUCCCGCCCGGAUACUGAUGGACCCCCCGCGCGCUCCCCCGCCCCGCCGGACCCAGCUCGACCCCACGCUGGCCCCCCGUGA